AUGGCCGUUUCUCGAUCCACUCUGCUGCUCGUUGCUCUCGUGGGCUUUGCCGUUGUCUGCUCGGCUCAAUCACCCGCACCCAAAACAACAACUUCGCCCAAGACAACUCCUGGGAAGAGCGCGGGGGCGCCUCCCGCACCGACCGGGCCGCUGACGCCAUUCGACGAGGCCAUUCAGAAGCUCAACAAAUCCGGAUUCACCAGCUUCGUUUCCCUCGUCAACGCUUACGGCAAGAUGAAGGAGGUCAAAGCGGCUCUCUCGAAGCCUCUCACCAUGCUGGUUCCGUCGAAUGCGGCGAUCGGCAAGCUCAAGAUCACCAGUUACAAGUCGACCGAGCUCAUGGUGAUCGUCGGAUUCUCCGCCUUCAAGAAGGUGAUUCCCGCCGAUGCGCUCAAGACCCUGCCCGUGGGCAGCACCAUCCCGACUCUCGCGAGCUCUAAGGGGGGCAAGCCAAUGACGCUGCAGAAGCUGGCGAACAACAAGAAGGGGCAGAUUGUGCUGCAGGGGAAGACGGGCAGCAACAUGACGAUCACGAAGCUCAACUUCUACCUCAAGCCUGGCAUGCUCGUCGUUCACACCACGGACGCCGUCGCCUUCCCCACCACGCUCCAGGGCAAGGUCCUGUAA